UACAGUGGUUACACACAUUGGUACAAGUCGGGCGUUGACUGACAUUCCACUGACAGAUAAAAAAGAACGAAAAAAUAUGGGCAUUUAUGUAUAACGUUACAUGACAUUCGUGCACCUGUGUGAAAACUCUCGGUUCCCCCGGUGUCACUUGGAUCGGAUAAUAUUUCUUAGUCACAGUUUUCCGGCGUUGAUAUGUAUUAAAUUUCAAAAUGUCAGUGAAUCUGACGAAAAAUAAAGAAUCGCUUAGCGCCGCAUGGCGAAGCGUAGUCGACGACAAAUCCACCACAGAUUGGGCUCUGUUUAGUUACGAGGGUCAAAGCAACGAUUUGAAGUUAGUCAGCACAGGCGAUGGAGGACUACAGGAAAUGAUCGAAGAAUUAAACAGUGGCAAAAUAAUGUACGCAUUCUGCCGCGUCAUUGAUGAAAAAACAAGUCUGCCAAAAUGUGUUUUGAUAAAUUGGCAGGGAGAAGGGGCGCCAAUUGUGAGGAAAGGAACCUGCGCUAAUCACAUCAGGGAUAUAGAAAAACUGUUAAAAGGAGCUCAUGUUACUAUAAAUGCACGUACAGAAGAAGAAGUCGAAGUUGAUCUGAUAAUGGACAAAUUAGCCCGUGCCACUGGCUCCAGCUAUAAGUUUAAUGAACCUCGAGGUGAAAAUGGUGGCCAAUUAGGCCCAGUUGGCACCACGUACCGCAGAGUGAUACCUGAACAGGAAAUAAAUGCCAGCGAGCGUGACCAGUUCUGGCAGCGAGAGGAACUUGAAGAAAAACAGAGACUUGAAGAAGAGCGUUCACGACGACACCAGGAGCGUGUAAAACUUGAACUAGAACGCCGUUCUAGGGAAGAAAAAGAAAGUGAACUUAGAGAUGCACAGGUUACAGCUAAGGAAAGUAUAGUGACAAAACACAGACAAGCAGAGUUGCGAGCUCAAGAGAUAACAAAUUUCCGGAAUCAACAGAACACUGAAACUCAACGAACCACUGACUCAGAUGAAGAAAGAAAAUCGCGCAGCGAAGAAUUGCGUAGACAACGUAGUAAAGAAACGCAGCAACUAAUCGCGCAGCGAACCAUAAAUGCUAGGGCUGUUUUUGAACAAAAUACAGCAGCUGGCCAAAUGAAGAGCGUGUCAUUUGUCCCAAAGACGAGUGAACUUGAAACUCGUGUCGAAUCGAACAAUAUUGUUAAUCGCAUCCUUGAAACUGUGGCUAAAGUGAAUAUCGACCCACAAAUACCAAUUCAAAAUACUGGAAAAGUAAUUGAGAGAGAACCAGAAAUCUUGCAGUCUCACGUUGAUGCUCCACUAGCAGCGCAGAUUACUGCAUCUCCACAAAGUCAACCUAAGGAUAGUAAAUCGCAUAAUCUUCAGCCUGAUAUAGAAGAAACUGCAGAGCUUAACGUUCAGGAGACCGAAACGGAGCUCUAUAACCAGCUCGAAGAAGGCUCGUAUGUUUACUUUGACCCAAACAACGAAGGAAUGAAAGCAAGGGCUCUCUACGACUACCAAGCUGCCGAUAAUACCGAGAUUACAUUCGACCCUGGAGAUGUAAUUACGCAUAUUGACGCAAUAGAUGAAGGAUGGUGGCAAGGCUUAGGACCCGAUGGAACCUAUGGUUUAUUCCCAGCAAAUUACGUAGAAGUUAUUGAGUAACAUUUCCAAUAAAAUAAUGUGAAACUGCAUCAAAUUCUGCAUUGAAAAGUAAUGGCACACAAUAUUACCUAAAUUUGAUGAGUUACCAGACAUGAGUCCAGUAAAGUCGUACAGAGGGGUCUUCUACAAGGUGCCAGUAACUCAUCAGAACUGUGGAAAAACUCAAGUAUUGAAAGGAGUCAUAUUAUUAUUCUUCUAUAUGAAGUAGCAGUGACUAGAUAAAGAACAACUGAAUCAUUUUUAUAUGAUUUCAUUUGUCCUUGAAACACAAUAACCGUGUUUUCUCCAAAAUCUAUUAUCCAGUUUCGAGGACUUCGUUGAAUACAAAUGAAAAAUGAAUUUAAAAAUUCUCUAAGCUACAAAUAUGUCGUUGCAUAAUAAAUUUCUACAGUUGUCUAUUAAGCUAA